AAAAUAUCGUUAUAGCUUGCAUUAUUGUGACUAAUCUAUUGGCAAUAAACUGCCUGGGUAGCUUUCCUUCUCCUUUAAUACAUUUUUUGGUUUCUAACAAGCCAGCUUGUAUGCUGGCUACCCAUAAAGUAGACUAUAUCAGCACAUUAAUUCUUAAAGCCUUUAUCUGUACCAUUCCUGAUAAGCCAGGGCCCAAUAUUUUUUUUUAGGCAAAAGUGUUGUUGAGUGGAUGACCGUGUCAAAAUUCUGUUGUGCCAAAAAGUUAUCCAAUGUCAUAGAUAGAUAGAGAGAUAGAUAGAUAGAUAGAUAGAUACAUCAUAAUGUAGUUAACUAUUUUUUGAAGGGGAAUUAUUUUAGCUUUAUCUCAUGAAAAUAAAAACUUCACAACUCAACUCUUUAAUAGUGUUAGAUCCCACUUCUGUGACUGCUGAUUUGCGUAUCUAUUUGUGCCUGUAAUUUAUCCAAAUAGACUGUCAGCUCCUUCGUCUGGUGUCCCUUAGCAUAUGAUCCCUGAAUAUAUUAUUAAUGUGUGACAGUACAGUGCUGGGUAUACCAGUAGCACUACAUACUGUAAUAAUGAUCCAAAUAAACACAGAAUGAUGAGGGGAAUUCAGUACCCACCCCUGGGGGAGGGCAUGUGUUUUCUUGUGUUGCUCAGAAUGUGUUUGUCACAGGAUGUCAGGGGAAUGUUCUGGGCCGCUGUGAUUUUAGGCACAUGUCCAAGCUGCCUCCAGGCCAGACAAACAGGGGGAGUCUCGGGUUAAUUAUAGAGCAACUCCGUCUCCUGACAUUACCUCUGGCUCCAGUACUAUCAAUGGCAGCUGAAUCCCACUACCCCUCCUUACAGUCUGAGUCCUGAUUGGCUGACUGGGGGUGUUCUUGUCUCCCCCAACACACAUCCCUCACUUCUGAUUGGUUGCCUGGGGGGAUGUGGUUCUUAGUAUACACUGCGAACAUGUGCAGCUGCUCUUGGUGCCAUUGGCCAAUGUGUGAGGCUAUUCAAGCUGUGAUUGGUCAGUGUGUCAGGCUGUCAGUGAUGUAAUUGGUUGGCAACUCAAAGCUGCAGUUGGCUGUAUGUCAGUCUGUGGGUGCCAUGCAUGGAGGGUGUGUGUUGUGUGGGUGCAGGGAUUGGGCAGUGCGUAUGUGUAUAAGUGUGAGUGCUGACACUGCAUUCACCCAUUCUGCAAUACACUCAGCUGUUGUUUGUGGUGCUGAAACAGAGACUGACCCCUGUGAUUGUGGCCCUAGAGUCCCAGUUGUGUAGCUGUAACGGUCCUGUAGGAUGGUGGACAGUGUGUAUCGUACCCGUUCCCUUGGAGUGGGGGCCGAGGGGCUGCCAGAUCAGUACGCAGAUGGCCGGGCUGCCCGCGUGUGGCAUCUCUAUAUUGGAGAUAAGAGGAGCCGUACAGAUGAAUACCGCAGCUGGAUCUUGUUGUUACUACAGGAGCACAACUGUCAGACGGUGCUGGAUGUGGCAUGUGGAACAGGGGUGGACUCGGAGAUGCUGGUGGAGGAGGGCUACUCUGUGGUCAGUGUUGAUGCCAGUGAUAAAAUGUUGAAAUACGCCUUAAAGACACGGUGGAGCCGUCGGAAGGAGCCAGCAUUUGAUAAAUGGGUGAUUGAAGAAGGGAACUGGCUUUCUCUAGACCAAGACGUGCCGCGACCUGUAGUGGGAUUUGAUGCUGUCAUUUGCUUGGGAAAUUCAUUUGCUCAUCUUCCUGAUUUCAAAGGCGACCAGAGUGACCACCAGCUGGCGCUCCGUAAUAUCGCAGGUAUGGUCCGGCCAGGAGGCAUUUUAAUCAUUGACCAUAGAAACUAUGACUACAUUCUUAGAACAGGCUGUGCCCCCCAGGGCAAAAACAUUUAUUAUAAGAGUGAUCUGACUCAGGAUAUCAGCACUUCCGUUUUGUUUGUGAAUAAUAAACCUCACAUGGUGACACUGGAUUACACAGUACAGGUUCCUACAUCAGAGGAGUCACAGCCUGAAUUGCGGUUACCUAAGGGGACCCUCCUAAGGAGCUGGCUCACCAAGUCCCGUCCCCGGCUGCUUCUGUUCAUCACUGGUUUAAAGAGACCUCAGGUCACUGUGAUGAGGAGGAAGAGGAUGAAACGCACCAAAAUAGCAAAGGCCACUGUGAGAUCUCGGUCCCCCCACGGCAGCGAGGAGGUUCUGGCAAGACCCCGGGGAGAUUCCUGUGGCUGGCACACAUGGAGAAGAGAAAACUGAAUUAAAUAGAAAAUCUGAAGUUUGGACUCUUCUGUACCCCCAGCCUGUGUAUGAGCUCUGAAUAAUACAUUAAUAUUGUCUGUA